AUGACGUCCCGAAAAACGCAGCAAGAAAUCGAUAAGACCUUCAAGAAGGUGACCGAAGGAAUCCAGACUUUUGAAAGCAUCUACGAGAAAGUCAAGGCCGCCACAAACCCCACGCAGCGCGAUAAGCUGGAAGAGAACCUCAAGCGCGAGAUCAAGAAGCUACAAAGGUUCCGUGACCAGAUCAAAUCAUGGGCGGCUGGCAACGAGGUCAAGGACAAGGCUCCGCUACUCGAGCAGCGGAAGGCCAUUGAGACGUGCAUGGAGCAAUUCAAGGCCGUCGAGAAGGAGAUGAAGACGAAAGCUUACUCCAAAGAGGGUCUCUCCGCCGCGUCACGACUUGAUCCGAAGGAAAAAGAAAAGGUGGAAGCUUGCGACUUCCUGUCGUCCAUGGUCGAUGAGCUCCAGCAACGUAUCGAGGCCAUGGAGGCCGAGGAGGAGACAUUGCAGGCGCAAAUGAAAAAGGGCAAAAAGGACUCGAACAAGGCCAACCGGAUGGCCGAUAUCUCGAGGGUAACGGAACGUCAUAAGUGGCACGUCAACAAGCUCGAGUUCCUCAAUCGAUCGUUACAAAAUGGCAACUUGGAGGUCAAUCAGGUGCUGGAUCUCAAAGAGAGUAUCAAGUACUAUGUUGACGAAGGGCAUAACAUUGACUACUCCGGAGAGGAUGAAACGCUGUACGAUGACUUGGAUAUCGGAGAGGAGAUCGAGGCCCAGUUUGGCAUGGGAGCAGAGAACGAUCGCGUGUCGUCUCACGAUGCCCAAUCCAUUCAGGAUGACGAACCAGAACCGAAACCUAAGCCCUCGAAAGCGGAUCCUACAUCAAAUCGCCGGCCAUCUACACAGAUGAAGUCGCCUCUCCCUGUUCUUGCUACUCUGCACCCGUCUGCCUCGUCUAGUGCCACCCCAAGCAUGAAGCCAGCCCCAUUACCGACUCGUCUACCUGGAGAAACGCUCAAGUAUGCUUCUGCUGCGGCCGCUGCGGCGGCCAGCGACAAGAGUGGAGUGGGGAUUUUGCCCCUGCCCCCACCACCAGCUGCCAGUCCUGCUUUUUCGCACGUCCUCCCCGCCUCCAAGGCAUCGUCUACAGCUUCGCCCGUCGUUGCGUCCGUACAACCUGUCGCUAAGCCAGCAACAACGGCUGGGCCAUCCGCACCACCCGCGGUUUCGGCAUCCUCAUCAGAAGAGGCUGUGCCAUUGGCAGUGCGGACUAAGACAGUGGCUGGCGCAGCAGCCUCUGGUGCAUCUUCACCUGCGCCCACACCUGCGCCCAAGGCAGAGUCCAUGAAAGAGAAGCCGACGACGAAUGGCAAGAUGACACCCAGGGAAGCAGUUGAAGGCGAUGAGUCGCUAUUCCACUUGCCUCCCGGUCUGCAAGAACUGAUCCAAUCCUUUGAGGUGACCAAGGAGCGCGCCACGGCGAAUCCCACACCCGCAGUACAACGCCUUCUUGCAACUUCUCUCACGACGUGUCCCGAACCCGGGGAUGCGGAGAAGCCUCGGCAUUACAAGCCACAAAAUCCCUACAACACUCCUCUUUACUACCCUCAAGAACCUCUCUCGAUCUUCGAUGACCCCCGAUUGUACGAUACUGGCCGGAUUGAUACGGAUACAUUGUUCUAUCUCUUCUACUACCGACAAGGGUCUUAUCAGCAAUACCUCGCCGCCAAGGCGCUGAAGAAUCAAAGUUGGCGCUUCCACAAGCAAUAUCAGACAUGGUUCCAGCGUCACGAGGAGCCAAAGAACAUUACGGAGGAAUUCGAGCAAGGCACCUACCGGUUCUUUGACUACGAGAGUACAUGGUUAGUCCCGUCUUAUCCUAGCUUCCCCAUCUCCCCACACCAUCAGGCACGUGCUCACCAUUUUUUGCCCGACAGGAUGAACCGGCGCAAGGCUGAUUUCAAAUUUGUGUACAAAUAUCUCGAGGACGAGUUAUAA